AUGGUAAUAGGAGGUGAUCAAAUAGGUGGUCAUGGCGAUUCAUCACUGGACGACACAUUCGAUCUCUUGUCAGAUUCGGAGUUAGACAGUUACCGGGCUGGGUGGGGAUCGAACCAGGGCGACGAAUGGCUGUUGCCGGAUGAGAUGAAGCCCGAGAGUCCUUUCUCCAAUUGGGAGGCGAAGGAGUGGGUGGAAAGACAGUGUGAGGAGAUGGAGUUGGUGAGGGGGAGUAGGAACAACCUGAUAGUGGCAGUGGACAUCAUCAAACAGAGGAGAGACCACAACCUAUACUCUCAUCUACACCCACAUCAGACACAGACUCAUACAGCCAGGCCUCAGCCACUAUCACACAGGAAUGCAAAUGGCCUCAACAGUACUUUCCAGGCUCUCAAUGACACGACUACAGUUCUCAACUCAACCGCGAUUGUCAAUCACAACUCAGGCAUGUUCGGAGGAGACUCGGGCAGCUAUCCUAAUUUGGCUGACUCUGCAUCCAGGACGGGGUCCAACCCCAAUCUGAUGAACACACAGGACCUCACAGACAUAACAGUGCGCAUGAGGAUGCAGGAGGAAGAACUUCUUCAAUCGCUACAAAAUCACAAUCGCAAACAGUCCUUCACAGUAGAAAGUGGGCGGCUAUUCGAUAACCACAACGACUUCCACAGUGAUGAGAACCUCCUCCGCCAGCCGCCGCAAGAGGGCUACGAGUACGACGAAUCCACCAUGCAGGGCGACUAUUAUGUCAAUCAGUAUCAGCAUCAGCCAUAUCAAGAGGAAUUCGAUCAGAACGAACUUCUAAAUCCAAGGCGCAGCAGAACGCAUUCGCGUGACCGUGGUCCAGUAACUGAACAGAAGAAAAGGUAUGACUUUGUGGGCCUAAGUGACAAACAUCAGGGCGCCGCUGCUGCUCCGAGAAGGAGGUCAGUCUCCAGGUCAUCAAUUGACUCGGGUGGAGAGAAAAGUGGGGGACCAAUGCUGGCAGGAGCACCUGGUUUGGGACCAGGGUUCCAGGCACCUAGAAGAAAGACGAAUAAGGAGAAAUUAGAGGAGGCGUCUAGACAGAGACAGGCUCUGAGACAGCAGCUGGCAUCCAACAAGGCCGCCAGGAAGGACUCCUACAGUGUCAAUCCAGAGGAUGCAGUCAUCACUGCAGGGGGAGACUUCUCAGCAGCCAUGCCACAUCAUCAGGGACCACAGGCUCUCAAGAGUGACCACUCAUUAGGAGCAGCAGUGGGUGUCAUGUCUAGUUCUAUCGAUGACGUCAGAGUAGGUGGGAUGACUAAAGGUACCGGGGGAAGGAGUGGAGUGCGCAAUUCAAGCUACACUACAGACAGACGAAAUCCCAAUGCGCCAGUGAUCGACAGCAGCGAGAACUUGUUCAGAACCAGCUCUCGCGAUUCGCUCCCUGGACACAAACCUGCAGUCCGCGGCAGACAGUUGAACGACUCCUUUGGAAAAGUUUCGGCUACUGGAGACGAGUCGGGAGUGAUGAAUGAUUCAGUAUUUGGCCAGGAAAACUCGUUCACAAUCGAGGCAUCGCCCGGAGAGCCCGUUUACAGUAGUAAUCCAGGGUUGAAUAUGAGGAGGAGUUCGCCUGGAUUAGGGAGUCAAGAUAGACUAAGAAGCACGAGUGGUCAGAAUUUGAAUGCGAUGGGAAAUAGCAGCUUCACCAAGUCCAAAUCUGCCUUCUCAACAGAAAGUAUAAGCAAAAUCCCGUCCCAAGAUUCUCUAGUACGGCGUGGAUCUCUUGGAACUGGUAGUGUCGAGCGAAGAGCAGACUACAGUAGCAGUGAGAGUCUACACGAUGGUCUCAAUCAAACACCCUCCAACUACCACACUCCCAGGACUUCCAGGCCCAACGAGAAGCGAGCGGGAAGUGGGGGUCUAGCAGUGCCUGGAACUCUGACCAGACCAAAAACAUCAUCUGGUUCUGGUGUUGCUCACUACGACAGGAAACGAAAUAUCCCGCAGUCAUCUUCUAUGCAGAGCCUGAAAUCAACUGAAUCGCUAAAUACAGUCGACUCCGAAAUGGUAGUUGCCACAGCUCCGAGCAGCAGGGGGACCCCAUCAUCAAAACAAUCCCUCCUCGCGACUCCUCCAAGGACAGUUCUGAAAAACCGGACGAGAAAUGUGACACCAGAGACAAGUGUCAGUCCCGCCACAGCUCCCGGAAAACCGACACCCGCUAGAGGGACUCAACAAAGAACGGUGACGAAGGGACCGAUGGGUGCACGUGCGGGUAAUCAGACUGUUACAAGGGAGAAGACGGCCCCAAUUUCAUCAAGAGAAGCAGCUUUGGAUUUGCGUCGCAUAAGUCGCAACUUAUACGCGUCUAUUCACUCACCGGAUAGAGACGAUGAAAUUGAAGAUCAAAACAACAACAGAAACGACAUUGACGACACUUUUGAACAAAUUAGUUGCAGUUCAGAGAUCUACUGCAGCACGGAGAGUCUGAACACGAAUUUAACUCGUGAAAGAGAGGAAAGUUCAGCAGGGCCGGAGAGAGAAAAUUCAAGCUCAGUCGCAAGCAUCGUUGAUAAAGAAAACAGGGUAGAAUAUGUUGAAGAAAGACCUGCCUCGAAAGUCGAAGAGCUCUCGCUGAGCGAAAAACUAGAAGAUUUCGAGAAGGAUCUUUCUGAAAAUGAUGAUUUAUCAGACUUGGAUUGUAUGAGUCAUAGAACUCAGGUCAAAGUGCCGGCUGCACUGCAUUUGAAUACAGUAGCCAAUGGCGUAUCGAAUAUGCCCACUUCUGGUAUUCCCAAAUCAAGGGUGUCUAGACUGAAGUCACCCGUGAGAGCAAGACCCGUUGCUUCCAAGCCCACAUCAGGACUUGCGAGGCCUUCAGGAGCGACAACAUCCAGGCCAGCUGGUGGAGCUGCAUCCAAGAAUCAGAACCAGACCAUGAAUGCCCCUCAAACAAGGCUGGCGAGGAGUGGGACUGGCACAGCCCCCACCUCCUCCAGACUAACUCAGAGUCAUUUAAGUGGCAAGCUUUCCAGUGGGAGAGACGUUGACCCAGUGAAGGUAUCUGACCCCAGUAUGAAUCAGACGGUGUCUUCCAUAGGAGGACCCAAUUCUACCAGAUCUGCUAUGCCCUCUAAGAGAGAACCGAUAACUAGGCCCUCCACUGCUCGGACUGCAAAUCAGACUGCUGCUGCUGCUGGACAUUCGGUCUCUCAGGCAGCUACUCAGAGCAAUCCAGCCAGUUCCCGAGCAUCGGCACUUCCAAAGCCAUCAUCGGGUAUCCCUGGACCUAGAACAGCUGCGAAAGGCAGAAGGAGACUGCCAGAAGUCCCAGUUCAAAGUGUCGACAGUGCUGUGGGCCUAAACAGCACCUACCCCAAAAAUCAUAAUCAACUUCAAUCAAACAGUAGUGUAUCAUCUAGUAGACCAUAUCCUUCGACCGACGCGGUCAAAAAGAUUGGUAGCCAGUCUAGCCGAAAACCAGCAUCAUCAUCCGCUUUAUCUUCUAGUUAUGACGUAACUCAACCGAGCGAGGCUCUAUCACAGCAAACUGAAAUAAACACUUCCAUGUCUAUCGACCAUUCGUCUCAAAGUGCUUUCCGGCUUAUUAAACCCAUCGCUAAACGCCCUCAAAGUUACCAACAAGAUUUCGGCAGUAGUGAAUAUUUGGAUGCGAGCGGUGACAGGUACGGGUAUCCGAGUGCACCGCCAACAGUUCCGAGUUCCCGAGAUAGGAAGCCAGCAUACGAAAAGGCCUCCUCGGCGAGAGGAGGAGGACAAGUUGGUGAUGAUAGUAUUCUGCCCCUGAAGUAUCUCAUUCCAGCCCAGCCCAGGGACUCGCCCUCUGACUUCAUUGAUGUGUACAGUGGAGAUGAGAUGUUGAUGGGCGACCACGAGGAUCCAAACAACUGGGACGAUGGCUGCUAUUAGUGCCAUUCGUGGUGAUAUUAUAGCCAAUUAUUAAUAAGAAAGAUAGACUAAUCGUCAAAGGCCCUUUUCUUCUCUUAAUUUCUUUACUUACAAGCUGUAAACAGUGCUUUUACAACACAGUGACACAAGAAGGCCAAGUGGAGAAGAA